AAACGGCUCAUUCCAGAUUAGACAACGCAGCACCACCAAAAGGUCCAAAACCAACACCCUCUCUCUAUCCCUGAAGCUCUAGCAGCUGAAGAAUCUCUCCCUCUCUCUUUCUCUCUCUGUUUUUUUAGUUCUACAGGCUUCCCCUAACUAAGUUUUGUUUCUGAAUAUUUGGAUCUGUAUUUGCUGAAGAAUCACACCUCUUUUUCUCUCUGUAUCAUUCUAUCUUUAAAAAAGCUAUUUGUUUUUCAGUUCUUCAGAGCCUCUAAUCCUUGAGAAAUCAAAGUUUUUGUUGAGAAUCUAGAGCUCUGAUCUGAUCAAUCAAAGCUUAUCUCAAAUGGGUGCUUCUGGGAAAUGGAUAAAAACAUUGAUAGGUCUCAAAAAGCCAGAAAAGGACAACCAUGAAAAAGUUGGAAAGAGCAAGAAAUGGAAGCUGUGGAGGAGUUCUUCAGGGGAUUUGGGAUCCUCUUGGAAGGGUUUCAAAGGGAAUCAUAGAGCUGUUGUUGCAUCGGACGGCUCUGAUUCUUCUUCAGUGAGUCAUGAUGCUUUUACAGCUGCUGUGGCUACUGUUGUUCGAGCUCCUCCUAAAGAUUUCAGGGUUGUGAGGCAAGAAUGGGCCUCAAUCCGGAUUCAAACUGCGUUUCGGGGCUUCUUGGCAAGAAGGGCUUUGAGGGCCUUGAAAGGAGUGGUAAGGCUUCAAGCUUUAGUUCGCGGGCGGCAAGUGAGGAAGCAGGCUGCUGUGACCCUGAGGUGCAUGCAGGCCCUUGUUCGAGUUCAAGCGCGAGUCAGGGCUCGUCGUGUGCGUAUGUCCGAAGAGGGGCAGGCCGUGCAGAAGAUACUGGACGAGCACCGCACCCAGGCUGAUCUCUUAAGACAAGCUGAGGAAGGAUGGUGUGAUAGUAUAGGGACAUUGGAAGAGGUUAAAGCAAAACUACAAAUGAGGCAAGAGGGAGCCUUCAAGAGAGAAAGAGCACUUGCAUAUUCUCUUGCUCAAAAGCAAUGGAAAUCAACCCACAAUUCAGAUUACAGAACAAAUGUCUCCUUUUCAUCUCUCAAAAAUCAAGAGCUCGACAAGAACAGCUGGGGGUGGAGUUGGUUAGAACGUUGGAUGGCAGCGAAGCCAUGGGAGAACAGAUUGAUGGAACAAUCGCAUAACGAAUCAUUGGAGCUUACUCCGCCUUCUAAAACCUGUGUAGAUUCCCUCAAGGGCAUCCGGUCCAAAUCUUCUGAACUGGGCUCAGUGAAGAUCAGGAGAAACAAUGUUAGCACCAGGAUUUCUGCGAAACCCCCCCUGAUUGGACAAGUUACUCGAUCAUCUUCAAGUCCAAGUUCUGAAUUUCGAUUUGAUGAGAGCUCAGGUUCAUCUUCAAUAUGCACAUCUGCAACUCCUAUUUCUGGAAAUACUGUCUUGGCUUCAGAUAGAACAGAUGAGAGGAACAACACUAGGCCAAGUUAUAUGAACUUGACCGAAUCAACCAAGGCUAAGCAGAGAAAUUUAUCUUCCAGAAUUCUAAGGCAGUCCAUGGAUGAGUUUCAGUUUGUUAAGAAGUCAGUGGCAUUUGCCAAUGGGGAUUCUAAAAGCAGUGCUGGUUCUGAUCCUUCUUCAGUUAACAUGUCUAAGCCAAUUUGGCCAUCUACCCGGAUGGACAAAAAUGCCAUGAAAUUGAUGGGGAGAGAAAAUUGUCUUGAUGAAUAGAAGAUGAGUUCAUGUUUGCUGCAAAGGUCAACAGCUUGUUGUUCUGUAUGAUUGAGAAAUUGUAUCAAGUUUAAAAGGAUUUGUGCUAUGAACUGAUUGGUGCUUGAGUUGUGGUUAAAGGGUUCCCCAUUUUCUAAAA